CGAGAUCCAGGACAGGCUCCAAAACUACACAGAGAAACCCUGUCUCAAAAAACCAAAAAAAGAUUUUCACCUUCAUCUUCAUUGUCUGUAAACUGUACUGGGCAAUCUGUCAGCUGCAGAAGAUUCAUACCCAUAGUCCUCCCAAGACCUGCAUGCCCAACCUCUCCAAACUCAGGGGAGGACAGUCAAAGGAGAGAGGAGUGGAGGCAGGCUGUGUCACAUGGCACUCUGGUCUCAGAAACUUCUCCUUUAAAACACAAAUCUUCAUGGCUGUGGGACUUGGGCUUUGUUUUUCAACUUUUUUGUUUGUUUUUUAGGACAGGGUUUCUGUGUCGCCCUGGCUGUCCUGGAACUCACUCUGUAGACCAGGCUGGCCUCGAACUCAGAGAUCCAACCACCUGCUUCUGCCUCCUGAUUGCUGGGAUUAAAGGUGUGUACCACCACCAGCCAGCAUCGUUGUCUUUCAACGUUUAAUUAAGCUUUAUUGUGGUAUAAUUCACAAAUUCGAUCACCUUUGUGCCGCUCAGCAGUUCAUUCCUCCCUGAAAGUCAACAACUGAAACUUCUGCUCCCAAAGGCUAGUGACUACGCUUUAUAUUAAUAGAAUCACACAGUAGGUAGUAUUCCCCCCCCCACUGCUCCCAAAGGCUAGUGACUACGCUUUAUAUUAAUAGAAUCACACAGUAGGUAGUAUUCCCCCCCCACUGUUCCCAAAGGCUAGUGACUACACUUUAUAUUAAUAGAAUCACACAGUAUGUAGUACCCCCCUAUUUUUAGAGGUAAAGCUAAAAGGUGGAUGAACAUAGACUGAACCCAUGAAAAGGCACAAUUUGAGGUAUUCUAGCAUUUCCUUUUAAAACCACCACCACAUAAAAUAAUGAAUAUAUUUUUCAUCCUAAAAAAGGUUUUUCUUCUAUUUUCCAUCACGCACUCUCCUGUAUAAAUUAGGUCAUAUUUCUUUCCAGAACUGUGUAAGAGUCACCCGGCACGUGUUCUUUUGUGCCUGGAUUCUCCCACUCAGCAGUAUUUUGAUUCAUCCAUGCUGUCGAGUCUCAAUUCCACUUUUGUUCCCAUUGUAUGGAGAUGACACAAGUUGUCUAUUUAUUUAUUGGUGAACACAGGAGUGUCUUCCAGUUUCUGGACUCUCAUAGGAAGAGCCACUAUGAAUAGCUCGAUACAAAAAGUCUAUUUGUGAAUCUAAGUUUUCAUUUACCUUGCUGAAUACCUAGACAUGGCAUUAGCUGGGCCACAGGCAGGCACACAGUGAACUUGGAAAGAAACUGACUUUUAAAUUUUUAUUUAUUAGUGUGUGUGUGUUUCUCAAGGCGCCACAGGCUCUUUGGUCAAUCUCUGUGCUCAGAAGAUAGAAAAUGCUCAUAAAUGUUAGCCAUCAAGCAUAGCAGUGAGUGAAGGGUACUUUAGAAAUUUAAGCAAGUCCAAAAUAAAGAAUAAAAUUUGAAUCCAGGAUUCACUAGGUGAUUCAACAGCUGCAGAAGAUUCCUAUCUUUCAACCUCCGGGUUUCACCCCAAAUCUUUGUGUGAAUGUGGGCACCAGGGGAGAGGCCAGAGGACAACUUUGUGGUUCUCUUUCUACCUCUCUGUCGGCUCCAGGAAUUGAAAUCUGGUCAACGGGUUCACAUGGUAAGUGGCUCUACCACUGAGCCAUCACCCAGGCUGUUUCACAUUCUAACAGUCUCUGUAACUGACUAAGGUUUAGCACCAGUUUUGUCCUUACAGCAUCCCUUUGGGGCUUGCUGCUGCUUCUCCCCGCAAUGCCCCCACCACUAGUGACGGCAGGACUAGUUUCUUGCCAUUUAUCAGGCAGACCAGUGUCAUUUUCCAGACACUGCUACCAAAUGAAUUACACCCCUAUCUCAAAAUCAUGUGAAGUUACAACCCCCAAUAGGUUGUUAACCAUAUUUGGAGAUAACACCUUCAAAGAAGUUUAAAUUAUCAAGUGUGGUGGCACACACCUUUAAUCCCGACGCUUGGGAGGCAGAGACAGGCAGAUCCCUGAGUUCAGGGCCAGCCUGGUCUACAGAUCAAGUUCCAGGACAGCCAGGGCCACACAGAGAAACCCUGUCUCAAAAAAGGCAAAACCAACAACGAAGAAAAGAAGUUUAAGUUAAAAUGAGGCUGUUGGAACCCUAAUCCCAUAGGAUGGGGACUGAUGACUGGUAUAUCGGACUAAAAGAGAAAGGAAAAGCAUAUAAACAAAGACAUGGUAUUGUUAAUGGUCCUGAUUUUGAUCAUUGUAUUGAGAUUGUGCAAGAAAAUCUUUGCCCUCAGAAAUAAAAUAUAUAGAGAUAAAGGAGUAUGCUAUCUAAAUUUAUAAAAGGAUAUACACAUAUACAAAAUGUAUACAUAUGCAUGUACAUAUGUCCAUAGAACAUGAAAAUAUAGCAAAACAAUGUAAUUCUGACAAAAAGAGUGAGACUUCUCUACUAGUCUUACUCUGUGUUUGUGCACUUGACACUUAACAGACACAAACAUCGGGGGCUUUCGGUGCGUGUGCUAUCUUAAGUGGUGUAGCCCCAGAUUCCAGAAACUAGUGCAUUCUUUUACAGUACAUUUCAUCUAUCUUGUUUGACUACAAUGUCUACCAUUUAUUUUGCAAAGCUCCGUUCUGGUCUCAGUACUUUAACUCUGUAAACUCUAUGAAGACACAAGGUUGAUUGUCUCCUCCAGUGGCAAAGAACCACAAUUAGGGCAAAGAAUGUCAUGCCCACUGCUCUUUCCCCAGACUUAAAACAGCAUGUAGCAGAAACUCUAGUUAUGCCCUUCAAUAUCUAGAGAUUCAGCUAACAAAUAUUGGACAUCUAGGCAUUAGGGUACAGAGCAGGGCACGAAAUAUUUAAAAAUCCAUGCAUAAGGGCUGGGGGGUGUAUGUAGUUCAGUUGGUAAAGUGCUUGCCUAGCAUGCACAAAGCCCUGAGUUUGAUUCCUAGCUAUGUAUAAACUGGGUGUGGAGCUGCACGCCUUUAAUCUCAUUACUCAGGACAAGAAGGCAGGAAGAAAAGUUCAAGAUCAUUUAACUACAUAGGCAUUGUGUGCUCCCUCCCCCUACAACUGGGGGCCGGGGUGGAGGGGAUCCAAAUCCAACCCCAAAGCAGCUUAUAUCGGGGCACUCAAUUAGUCAGCCAUCGUAUUUCAUUUGGUUCUUUGCAACCUCGGGAGUAAGGACCACCCUGUUUGGCAGAGAAGGAUAUUGAGGAUUACGUGCGGCUGAGAUCACUGGGGUCAUUAGUGGGCGUGAGGAUCAGCAUUCUAACCCAGGCCUGAGCUGUGAAUCAAUCAAACCUAAGCCAUUCACCCAAUCAGCAUAAAGUGCAGGCGUGGAGCUACUAUGCAGGUCAGACGCGGAGAGGGGUUUGCAGAGCGCAGACGACUCGCGAGGGCCCUCUGUACAAGUCGCGGGAUUUUGGCGCGCUCUUUUUGUUGGCUGGGUGUUCUUGCCGGUGAUUGGUUCCGGACUGUCGCGGCUGCUGGGUCGAUCUCGGUUGUACAGAGGCGGCACGGCCCUGGGCUGGCCUCCUGGGGGAUGGGCCACCAGGAAUCUCCACUGACCAGAGCAGCGGCGGGAGGUGCAGCUUACAUAAAGAGGUUACGUAAAGUGCUCAGCUGGCGCGAACUCGAGGGCAGCCACGGGGAUCUGGAAGCCCAGGCCUCCCCCGGGAGCGUUGCUGUCACUGCAGGAGCAGCGCCGCGACCGGCUGCACGUCUCGCCCGGGUCACCGCCUCGCGCCCUACUCGGCUCGGCAGACAACCUCGGCUCGGAACGGACCAUCCUCCGGCGCGGGCUCCAGGGGGGAACCGGUCCGCCCGGAAGUGGAACAGCGCCGGGCAGAUCACAAUCCAAGGUACCGCUCCUCCGCAUCUCGGGGCUAGACGGAGGGAUGAGGCAGGGGGGGCCCGGGCGGCGCCGUUGCUGCUCCCCCCGCCUCCCGCAGCCAUGGAAACGGGGAAAGAGAACGGAGCCCGCAGAGGGACAAAAAGCCCGGAGCGGAAAAGGCGAAGCCCAGUGCAGCGGGUGCUCUGCGCGAAGCUGAGGCCGGCGGCCCAGGCCAUGGAUCCCGCUUUGGCCGAGGCCCCGGGCGAGGCCUUCCUGGCCCGGCGGCGGCCAGAGGGCGGCGGCGGCGGCGGCGGUAGCCCUGCUCGGCCGCGCUACAGCCUGUUGGCAGAGAUCGGGCGCGGCAGCUACGGCGUGGUUUAUGAGGCUGUGGCUGGGCGCAGUGGGGCCAGGGUGGCAGUCAAGAAGAUCCGCUGCGACGCCCCCGAGAACGUGGAAUUGGCGCUAGCUGAAUUCUGGGCCCUGACCAGCCUCAAGCGCCGUCACCAGAAUAUCGUGCAGUUUGAGGAGUGCGUCCUGCAGCGCAACGGGUUAGCACAGCGCAUGAGUCACGGCAACAAGAACUCACAGCUGUACCUGCGCCUGGUGGAGACUUCACUCAAAGGAGAAAGGAUCCUGGGCUAUGCUGAGGAGCCCUGCUAUCUCUGGUUUGUCAUGGAGUACUGUGAAGGUGGAGACCUCAAUCAGUAUGUCCUGUCCCGGAGACCAGACCCCGCCACCAACAAAAGCUUCAUGCUACAGCUUACAAGCGCCAUUGCCUUCCUGCACAAAAACCACAUCGUGCACAGGGACCUAAAGCCAGACAACAUCCUCAUCACAGAGCGGUCUGGCACCCCCAUCCUCAAGGUGGCAGACUUUGGACUGAGCAAGGUCUGUGCAGGGCUGGCACCUCGAGGCAAAGAGGGCAAUCAAGAUAACAAAAAUGUGAAUGUGAAUAAAUACUGGCUGUCCUCAGCUUGUGGCUCAGACUUCUACAUGGCUCCCGAAGUCUGGGAGGGACACUAUACAGCCAAGGCGGACAUCUUUGCCCUGGGCAUUAUCAUCUGGGCAAUGAUAGAAAGAAUUACUUUUAUUGACUCUGAAACCAAGAAGGAGCUCCUGGGGACCUACAUUAAACAGGGGACUGAGAUCGUCCCUGUUGGUGAGGCGCUGCUAGAAAACCCAAAGAUGGAGUUGCAUAUCCCCCAGAAACGUAGGACUUCCAUGUCUGAGGGGGUGAAGCAGCUCUUGAAAGACAUGUUAGCUGCUAACCCACAGGACCGACCUGAUGCUUUUGAACUUGAAACCCGAAUGGACCAGGUCACAUGUGCUGCUUAAACUCCAGGGCUGAACGUCUUGGGUGUUUUUAAACUAGGUCGAUCCUUCGGGACCCACAGUCUCAUCAUGUCUCGGACAGGAUGGCAGAGGGUACAGGUGGUGGCGAUCUCCUGACAGCUGGACCUCCCACAAUGUGAAGCUUUGGCUUGGGUUUCCCACGCUACCCUUUUCUUUUUCCUUUGUUAUAAUAAUAAUUAUUAUUUUAAACAUUAAACCAUCAAGACUUCUGAAGAGCAGAAGGCUACACUCUGGACAGGCACCUUUGUAUUGUUUGAGUUUUUGUUUUGUUUUUAAGAACAUUGAAUGUGGGCAAAGCUUAUGCAUAUAUUCACCGUUAGUCCGUUAAUUUCUUAAGUUAGGAAACAAUUUUAGUUUUAUCUUUCAUGUUCUGUUUUCUUUCUUACACAUCUUUCAGUUUUGCUCUAGCAUCCCACUUCCCAAAAAAGUUCUAUCUACCCCGAGUUUCGGUGUUUCUCCUGGAAAGGGAUACGAAGAUACAAGGAAGCAGCCUCCGAGUUCCCUCCCUACCAGACGUGGGAGCUCUUGGACUCCUUGGAUGGGCUGGUCCUGGCCAGCCCUCAGGCCUCAGUCAGGAUCAGAGAUGAAGAAGCUCUCAGAAGAGGAAGACCAGGGUUUGGCCAGAAGGACUCUAAAGAAGACCUAAACCAUGGGUUUGGUUCUCUUUAAGUUCUUGAGAGCCCCAGGCCACACCAGGACUCACUGUAGCUGGAAUUGCUUCCUUCUGCCCUUUCUAAGCGGGGUCCCUGAGGAAGGAGACCGAGAGUGAUCAUCCCAUCACUUGGGGAUAAAGACCCCACCCCCACCCCACUUGCACAAGCCUAACUUCUAUUAGGACUGUUGUGCCGACCCUCGUCACUUGGUCUUCCUUGGCCUCUGGCCACUGCUCUGAGGCCAAUACCUUUUUCCCUGGAUUUUGCCUCCUAGAUUAUCUUCCCAGUGUGCUGCAAGUCCAGCCCGUCAUAGAGACUACCUAGCCCCAGUUUUGACCAUUGCAGAGUACCCUCAACUGGCUGCUGCCAUCAUUUCACUUUCCUCACAGUGAAAGGUGUGCCCUGUGUAUCAGGAUCCAUGGUGUCACUCACCACCGGGUGAUACUGUCAAGCGCCAUCUCUCUUACCCCCAGGGACUUUGUGUUAGGUGAUCACCCUCUUUGUAACUGUUGUCUAAUGAGAAGAGAAAGGACCUGCCUUGAAUAGGGAGGUAUGAGGCAGACAGGGAUGCCCAUGUGGCUACUAGAGGGCCCAUAGAGCAGCUAGCCGUCUUAAAGCAUCCCAACCUAGAUCCCCAUGACUCUGCUGUCUGUUUGCAUAGCCUUUCACUCUUAACUCCCUGCAGUGUUCUUACAGCCUCCUAAGGGAAGAUACCUUCCCUCCAGCUGCUUCAUGGACCCUGUCAUUCUCUCUGGUGCAUCCCUCAACUUGGACGCACCUUCGGUUGCUCCAAAACUUUUCCAGAUUGUUCACCCUGUUCUGGUCACAUGAGAUGGGGUCUCUGGACAAGGAAGGAAGGUAUCUAUCUGUUCAUUCUUGUUUAUCUUCCUAAACUAGCAUAGGAUGGUUAGGGAAGUGAGAGGCCAAGGAGAGCUUUUCUUCCAGCAGCUGUCCCUUGGUCCUGUAGUGUGGGGAAGGCCAUCACAACACCGAACCCUGAUCAGCUCUGUCCACUUGCAUUUUCCAGCCUUCUCUCAGGCAACUCAGCACCAAAGUUUCUUCCUCCUCUUGGCCAGAGGUCAGCUGCUGUUCCUGUGGGUACAUGGCUGCAGGUGGUAAUGUAGGCCCUUACCUUGUGCUGUACUGUGAUAGCAUCUUGUCUCCUUGAGUGACUUUGUAAGCAGCCUCCUGAGCCUAAUCAGAGUAGCACUGGGAGGGUGGGAGCAGCAGCAUCCCCUAAUUGCAAAGUCCAUUCCAUUUCUGUUCCACGCCCCUCCUUCCCCUGGGUGCUGCUGUCUCUUUGUGCCUGAGCAGAUGGGAAAAGCAGCCUCUGAGCUCAGGACCCCACACUUCCUGCCGUAGUCCUGCUCUGGGUUCCUAGCAAAUCACUAGUCUACCUACCUUUCUCUUUCUCUUCCCCGUCUCUUAGCUCUCUACAAUCAAGACUUGGGUUACAGUGCUUUCCCACCGUACUUUCUUGGUGUCAAAGUAGCCCCCAUAGGUUGCGGUUGGGUAGCCUGGUGAGGGGUAGCCUGCUUCCCUGCACCUUAUCUUCCAUGCUCCCAGCUGGUUCUGGCCUGAUGGUUGCACCUCUAUCGCUGGCUCAGAUGAGAGCCAGGUCUUGAGCCCCAAGUGCCUGUUCCUGGUUUUGUUGUUGUUGUUGUUUUGUUGUUGUUGUUUUUUGUUUUGUCCCCCCUCCCUCUCUUGCAGUCUAUGCUAUCACCUACCAGCCAGAUGGAAGCUGGCCUGGUGACACGCUUGCUGUGCUAUGGCCAGUGAGUCAGCCCCCGGUGGGCUCUGUAGUCUUCCCAAAGCCUGGCUCUCUGUCUCUCUUAGGGAUCAGCAUCCUUGUCCUCUCUUAUUCCCCUCUGCCUCUCUAUGGGUUGCAGACCUGCCAGUAGCUCUGUGGGGCAUCAUCUCACGUGCCUCCAGGUUCGUUAGAUCUGUCCACAUUCUAGAAGUUGCAGAACUUCUAACAUUGGUCCCUUUUCUUGGGUGUGAGGAUUGCCUGUUGGGAGACUGUCCUGGCCUGAGUUCUCUGUGCGCUCAGAGCUCAGCUCCCUGUGAGUGAAGGACAGAUCAUAGUGCCUUAUUCCAUUGUCCUCCUCUGUCCAGACUCUGCCAGAAGCAGGUGGCUGUCUUCUCUGUGUCCAUUCGUCACUUGUACUCAUACUCUCCCACCUGUAUAUAGCCACAGGGGACGGAAAACUCUGAGCCCCCACCCACCUCCUGUGGGCUGUAGCCAGACACACCUCCCUCUUGCCUCUGUGGCCCUUCCAGCAGCUCUAGACCAGGACCAAAUGCUGCUGCCCACAUAUGCACACUGCCUUUGUCCCUCCCUGUUCAUACCUCUAGCCAGGAAGACACCGACUGUACCAUGGAAACUGGCUCCAGCUAACCCCCUUCUGGUCAUAGGAGACUAAGGGUCAGGCUUCAGCCUCACCUAGCUCUAGGGCAUUGGGCGGGGAGUAGGAACUCCAGUCCCACCUUGUAGGCUUUGCCCUUUGGCUGCCUGAGGGAUGUUUUAAUGUUUACUUAAAGAAAUACCCUGUUUACAGCUGGAGGAAAAGUGCGCCCACUCUAGGUGAAGAUCUGACUCUGGGUAGGGCCUGGCCUCCCUGUGGCACUGCCAGUGGUGACUCCGGUGGUAGAGAAGGCGGAUCGAUGCCUGGAGUGAGCCCAGAGGCCCUUGACUCCCUGGCUUCCUAACCCCGUGGUGCUAAGACCACUCCCUGUCCUCUUCAGAGCCUUCUUGCCCCAACAGUCCCACCUCCGUCAUUCCUUCCUCCAAGAUUUUCAGCUCUCUAACAUAUCACUAUUUUAGAAAACCAGUGUUUGCAGCAAUAAGGUUAUAUUGUUUUUGUGUGAAUCUUUUUCCAAGAACAGGAAAAGAACAUUGUGGGAAUCUUUAUGCUAUUAGCUGUUUACUGUGUUCGAAGACAGCAUAAAAGGAUGGAUUGUAUGUGGGUUUUAACCUUUAGGUAUCGUUUGCAAACUUGGGAAGAGCAAGAGUCUAACUGCUAUCCUCCAAGGAGGGAACGUUACUGCCCUGCCUUAUUCCGUUGCCCCCCUCAACCCUGCUCACCUCACGUGAGCUCUUCCCACCUCGUCUCUUGCUCGUUUGCCCCGCCUUCCACAUCUGGGGGCACUAGUGGCUCAACUCUAGGUGGGUCUUUGGGUUAUCCCUACCCUUGACUGGGUUCUUUUCUCCCCGUCUGGCAGCUCCAGACAGCUGCUGGGAGUCUACCUCAGAAUUGGCUAAGCUUGGUUAUUCAGCUCUCCAGGCCAGCAGACUCUGGAAGCUGAUGCCUCUGCCUUUGCUGAUUCUGAGUUUGUCAUAUAGCCUUCAGGUCAGCAUAGGGUUGACUUUGAGGGAAAGGAGCCUUGUCUGGAAACAUGCUCUGGGAGGGGAGCCCAGUAGGUGUUCUAUAGCAUUGGCUGAUGUCAGCAUCCACAGCCAUCUCUGAGGGACACAUCUACUGCCAUUGGUUGCCUAGGGGCCCCUCGGAUUGAGGGGAGUACCAGGAGUGAGCCUUUUUUUUUUUUUUUUUUUUUUUUUUUUAAAUCCAAGUGAGAUCAUAGGAAGAAGGAAACCUACUUAGGGGAUUUUUUUUUUUUUUUAAUUGCAUCCCAAAGGCUACUUACCAUCAAAACCGGAGGAUAUUUCAGUUAUUCUUAAUGCUCAUGUGGGUCAGACUUGGUUUUGAGGGAGAUUAAAGCCAGGCACAAGGUUAGUUUCAAUACUAGUUAAUCUAAUUUUCCUUUUUUUUUUUUUUUUUUUUGCACAGAAGCUGGUAAUAUAGGACCUAUGUGUGAACAACUUUAUAUGAAUAUUUUUUGUACUUGGCUUACUUGGGUUGGUAUGAUACAUUAUAUUUAAGUUCUUUGAACACUGUGGAUCCCCCUAUUGUGUAUGAAUGACUGAAGCUUUGUAAAUUAAGGGACGUUUGUGUGAAUAAAGUUAUUUGAUGGGGUCUAAAAGCCA